UCCCGUCGUUGCAAUAUAUGCCUAUAAGAAAAUGGGAAAGCGCUGUUGUGUACCCGACUGCCAGCAUGGAUAUCGGCAUUCUGAAUCAGCAAUAUCGUUGUUUGGCGUUCCCAAAGUCGACCAUUUAUUCAGAAAGUGGUCUUGUGCUCUGAAGGAAUUCAACAUCGAUUUAAAAAAACAUCAUUUUGUAUGUGAAAAUCACUUUCUCACUGAUGAUAUUAUCAGCGAAAAAGUGCUACGAGAUCCACACCGAAAAAUAAUAUUUCAGAUUUUACGUAUUCAGAGAAAGUUGAAUAAGAAACGUCUGCAAAAUGGAGCAGUUCCAUUCGCCUCUGCUCCCUGUUUGGAAUCGGUUUCUGAAAAUUUUGACAUGUCUAUACCAACGGUCGACCCAGAUAAAAGAGCAUAUGAAAACAAUGUGACGGAAAAUAAAUCUGCACUCAGAGAGUCUUCCUCUGAAGCUCAGAACAUUAUUCAAUAUAAUAAGACAGAGAAUGAAUCGGUCGAGUUGAAAUCACAAGGAUUAAAAGAAAAUCCCACUGUUUUUGAUGACAUCUAUAACGGAGCUGUUAAACUGAAGCUGCCAGAUUCAUCAUGGGGCAUACACAUGAAUGUGGAUCCAAUUAAGCGCAUAAUAAUAUCACAAGUUCAAAAAUGCAGAGACUCUAACGAAAUACCAACUUACUUGAAGCAGAUCACCCUGAACGCACAAUUAGUUCUGAAACUUUUCGUUUUCAACAAAGAAGUCAUUGAAACGGCUGUUACAACUUUACCAGAAGUUCUGAGUGCCUUUGAAAACAUGUGCAGUGCUACAGUAUGUGAAGGAGGCCCUUUAAUUAAAACGUACAAGAAUGUCCACCCUAAGUGUGCAUAUCGAGAUGUAACUACUGAUAGAUGGAGACAUAAUGCGUGUAGUUUUAUUACAAAACAAUCCAUGAUUUGUCUCAAGUGCAGAUCAUUGGAUACAAUAUUGCGCCAGCACUUAGAUCGUAAACACAAACUGAGAAAAGUACACAUUGUCCUAUCUCCCUCACGCAAAAAGAACAUAGAGAUAAUCAGAGAAACACAUCGUGUGCAGAUGCAAGCAUCCAGACGAAAUAAACGUAAGCUGGAAACAAUAAAAUCAAAAGUUGUAGAAUUACAAAAAAUAAUGAAUGAGAUUUCAGAGACAAAUUCAAAAGAAAUCAUUAGUAAGCUCAAUCCCCCUCAUUUACAGGUAUAAUAU